AUGGAGGAUACCAACCUUGAAAGGCAUGGCCUGCUGGCAGAUGAGGAUCUUGAAAAACAGGAGGCUGUGAAUGCCAAGGUCCCUCACCCUUUCAAAAGAUGGUACGAUAGCUUUCGUCCAAGAAAGCGCGACUCCAGCCAGCGACGGUAUGUUGAGGGCUGGUCAGAUUCGUCAUCUCAUGAUUCGCGCGGUCACCGGUCGAGUGUGUCCGAAUCGUCCCAGUUUGAGACGGUGUUGACGGCCUCCACAAGCGUCACAAGUCAGUGUAUGCUGCAAUCUCGGCCAAGCGUACCCGAUAGAAAAGCCGCAAGUAUGUUCUCAGACUCGGGCAAUUCUGGUGACUCGCCUCAGCCCAGUUCGAGUAACCACCCGGAUGAGGCCACGGACCUCAGAGCCAUCAAACGACGCCAUAUACUUCGGGAACUUGUCACGACUGAGUGCGAUUAUGUGUUAGGAUUAAAGGCUCUCACUGGGAUUCUCACUAUCUUCAACAUCCGGCGAAAGAUAUCGGACAAUGUCCAAGAAAUCCUAGACAUCCACGAGCUGUUUUUGACCAAAAUCCAAGCGUCAUCUCCAAUGUCAGCACUCCAUGCCCAACGAGCGAGCGAUAUGGAGUUCACAUCCAAGGGAAUCUCAAAACGGCUGAGUACAAAUUUGGGCAGCUUGAGGGGACUAAAGCAGGGUUCCCUCAGAAGUCGCACAAUGAAGGCAUCUGUCAACGAACGUCUCAAAACCCUCACAGCUGAUCCGGCGGAGGCGCUGGAUGUUGCAAGGAACAUCGAGGAGCUGUCACGCUCGUUCUCUGCGUACGACGAAUACUGCGCCAACUACGAGCUAUUCUCGCACGAUGUUGCGCUUCUGCGCCAGAAACCCGCCGAGUGGACAAUCUACGAUCGAGGAAUUGAGGCAAUGGCCAAGUCGGUUGCAUCGACGGAGCGACGCAGACACGACGAUAGUAAAUCAAUGACCUUCAAUGAUCUAUUGAUCAAACCCAUUCAGCGUCUUUGCAAAUACCCCCUCAUGCUCCAGGAUCUACUCAGAGCCACGCCUGCCAGUGACUGUCCAUUUGUACAUGAUGAAAUCCAACAAAUCCUGGAUGGUGCAAGAAAAUUAGUAGGACGCAUUAAUCUGGCGACCGGAAACCCGGUCUAUAAAGAUCGUAUUUCCAAGACGAUGCUACUACGUGAGAAGAUUGAUGUUGGAAAAUCGGUGAGCGACUCCAAACUUAUGGCCAGAGCGGACAUAACUAAUGGACUCAAGAACGACGCUUUGCAUGAUGUUUACCAAGAUUUGGGCGCGAUGGUCCUGUGCGGUGUGCUUCACGUCACCUACCAAACCACCGAAGCAACAAUAGCCGGGGAGUUCAUGGUCUGUGUUCUUUUCAACCGCUAUAUGCUCUUUGCCAAGGGCGUUGAUGACCUGCGUCGACUAGAGGCCGUGGCCUGUGUUUACCUGGAUAAGGUCAAGUUUGAUGUGCUUCAAAAUGGACGAGGUCUGUGCUGCUAUGAGUGUAUCUUUUCGUGGAAACUCCUGUUUCAAGACCGAAAUGCCAAUUACGAGUUCGUCCUCAGUGCAUCGUCUGCAGCAGAGGAAAGGCAUUGGAAUACAGAGAUUCUCAGGCUAUCCGCCGCUCUGGCCGAAGCUUCUCAGCCUAGAACUGGGGAGUCAGAGGCUCAUGCUUUUUCAGCGCUGCGCCUAGCGCCUUUGGAUCAAGUACAGUAUCAAGUCUCUUCUUUGGCCCGACGGUCGUGUAUGGACUCCGUGUCAAUCGCAAGCAAGUACGAAGUCCAGCAUGUGAUCCUUAGAAAGACUCACUAUCCACGCCACGUCGAAGAGCCAACAGCCCAGCUAGAAGGUGAAAUUGAGCGACCGAAAACACCGCCAGAGGGAACAUCGGUGACCUUGGUUGCCCGGCGAAUAGAUCGAAUUCGCUUGGAACGGCUGAUUGCGGACAUUUGGUCCCGAGACCUUCUCCCCACCCCAGGGAUGGUGCUCGGUAGAGGCGAUCUCUUCCGCCGUCGGCCCCUUAUGAAAAACCUCAGUAUUCAUACGGCGUUCCACAAACGCUCCGCAUCCGUUGGUGUUGGCGUGACCCCCCGAAAGCCGCCAAGUGUGGCCCGACCAGAAUUCGAUGAAGAGAAGGAGAUUGGACGCAGUAGCGAGGUAUUCGAAGACAAGGAAGACAAGGAAAUUGACUAUCAGCCUCGCACUCCUAUCACACCCCAGCAAUCCAAAACAACGCGACUCCCAGGCUCAGCUCGAACGGCUUCACCGCGUAGCGAGGCCCGGUCGAGCCAGGAGGAUAGCCCUGUGUCAGGUCCAUCACCGAAGAAAUGGUCAUCCCCCAAGAGUCUGUUUAGUGCCUUGGCACCGAGGAAGUUGAAAAAAGCCCCGCUCUCCAGCUGA